AUGGUCGUACCUCCAGAAAGAACAGCAAGGAAAACGCAUUGCGGUGAUCGGCUCAGGCUUGGCGGGGCUGACGGCAGCGCACUUUCUGGCAGAGCAGUGGGCACACGGUAACGCUGUUUGAAAAGAGCAGCACGAUUGGCAUGGAUGCAGGGUCGCUGACGGUGGGCAGUGUGCGCGUAGACGUGCCGUUCCGCGUAUUCAACCCAGACUACUACCCGUAUCUGUACGCAAUGUACCAGCACCUGGGGAUUGGAUUCGCGGCAGCGGACUACUCGCUGGCAUUCACGCGCAACGGGUCGGCAUUGUGGUCGUACACGAACCUGGGGGUGCGGGACUUCCAGGUGCCGAUUCCGGACUCGCUCGGGAGCUCGGCGGAGUGGGCGCAGUUGCUGUAUCUGUGCGCGCGUACGCUGAAGCAGCCGGAGAUGCUGUAUGCAGGCAGUGAUCUGGAUAAGAUCGGGAUUGGCGCGUACCUGGAGCGGGAGGGGUAUUCGCAGCGGUUCGUGGAGCUGGAGUUUGUGCCGUUCCUGGCCAGUCUGUUUACAUGCUCGCUCAGUGCGGCGGCAGCGUACCCGGCCAACACGGUGCUGCACUUCACGGCCCGUGCGGUGUUUGGUGCGCGGCUGCGCAAGGCUCAGCAUGGUGUGCAGGAGGUGUGCGAGCGGCUGACGCAGACAGUUAGUCAUGUGCGAUGCAAUGCAUGUGUGGAGAGCGUCUUGGCCAAGGGCGACCGCGUGGAGGUGCAUGUGGAUGGCAAGGCGGAGGAGUUCGACUGUGCGGUGAUUGCGACUCCGGCAGAUACGGCCGCGCGGCUGCUCGGCGGGUCGGGGGUGGGGGAGGCACUCCGGGCAGUGCAGUACGAGGAUGCAGUGGUGGUGACGCAUGGCGACGACUCAGUGAUGCCCCGGGAGCGGGCGAGCUGGCGCGGGGUCAACAUCGGCACGGUGCAGGGCCAGGCGCAGGCCAUGGCCAGCCACUGGAUCAACUACGUCGAGCGCACACGGUCAAUCCGCUGGUGCCCCUGGACGAGUCGCUGGUGCUGA